AUGGAAGUUUGGUCGGGGACCAUUACCUCGAGGUCUGUGUUUCUCGAUGGAAUUCGCCUAAUUAACCCGUCGUCGACUAAUCGUUGUGACUUAUCGGGUGCGACGCUUUCGUUACAGUCUCUAGUUGAUUCGACCUCCAUCCCACUCCUGGCGCUGACCGGCCCUGUACUUGAAGUUCAUGUUGUGAAUAGUUCGACUGGUGAAUGGAUUAAACAAACGCUACUGAGUAAUGUCAGUCCAGAUAAGGAUGAGGAGGCGUCUAUGCUACAAUGCCCUAUCGGGAUUUUGGUAAUGGUUGAAGACUCUCGUGAUAACACAAAAGGUCCUGAAAAGACAAACAGCCUUUUAAUUUAUGGUGUUGUAUCACUCCAUGCGUCAACGGCAUUACGAGGGGGUGAUUCGGGACUCUCCCUUCUAAAAGAAAUACGCGUAUACGCUGCCCCGCUCAGUUCUGCCCUAAUAACAAAAGCACGAUCGCUCCAACCGACGCUGGACUACGACUUUACAAAUGGCAUAGAGCCCUCGCAAUAUGCGCGGUUUCUUUGUAAUGCUUCUGAGUCAAACCCAAAACGAAAACGAGCGGAUUCUCUUUUCGAGGCCGCGUACGAAUAUCAUAAGAACGUCCGGAAGAAAGGCGUCGUCGCAGUUUCUGAGUAUAUAGAGAAGAAGAGGGAAGCGUCGCCCUUGGUAAAUGUUCUGUAUUCGAAAACGAAAAAGGAGCACUGCUCAACUACUUCUUCCAGCGUUCCUUUGGACUCAGGAACCAGCCGGGCGGGUUUCAUAGGAGGCAGAACAUCUUCUUUAUCUAAACAAUGUUCGCCAGCCCCCCGAGCAUUUGAAACAAACAUAUCAGAUAGGCAGAAAUCCACCCUUGUCACCCCAGUCUUUAAAAAAAAGAAGAAUUUUCCAACCCAUCCAACUACCGCGACAUCGGAAGAUAUCAUAACUGCAAACAAAGCCUGUCUGACCCGAACGAUUUUAACUUGCUUGCGCCUGUACGGCUAUCAUCGUGGCCCUACAACUCAACGCACCAAGCCUGGCUCCAUUGACCAGGCCUCUAAUACAAUAGCCCCUGACAAAACACCGGAAUUACUAGGCUACGAGGGACAGGGUUUUAAGGCAAUGUAUCAUGCAACAUACCGUGCAUCGACUUUUGCGCUCCGUAGGUUUCUCCAUGACACACACCCAGCACCGGUACCCGGCUUGGAUCAAGAAACUCCGCUUAAGACUGCGAACAACAUCACUUGUGUACCAAUGUUAGAAAGAGAAAAGGCGACCGAAGUUGUUGAUUCUAUUCUAAAGCUGUUCUGCGAAGACUCUGAAUGGUGA